AUGAAAAGUUCAAUGGAACAUUUCGAUGCUCGCGAUGAAAUGGCGGAUUUUCCAGAAGAGUUGAAUGUCAAAGCAAUUCUAGAGAAAGUUAAGGUAUUUUUAGUUGUAAAACAACUGAAAGAAGAUAGUUCGCCAAAUUUGGUCAUACCAAAUCUAUAUAUAGGAUGUUUGGGAACAGUUUUGAAUAAAAAUAAACUCUAUGAAACUUAAAUAACCCAUAUUUUAAGUGUGUGUGAAAUGCCAAUAUUCCCAUAUUAGGCAGAAGAUUUUAAAUCUCUUCUCAUUAAUAUCAACGACAGUGUAGAUUAAGAAAUCAAGUCCAAGUUUGAGAUGGCUAAUGAAUUCAUUCAUUCUGCUAUCAAAAACAAGUAAAAUAUACUAAUUCAUUGUUUUGCUGGUAAAUCUAGGUCUGCUUCCUUUGUUAUUGCUUAUUUAAUAAAAUAUCUAUAAAUGACCCCUCUCCAAGCUCUAAAACUCCUUCAAUCGAAGCGAAGAAUUGCCCAACCCAAUAUGGGCUUUAUGAAAUAACUUGAUGCUUACCAUAAAGAACUCUACAGACAGCCACAGAUACAAAAAGAACAAAAAUAAGAAGAUAGCUCUUCCGUGAUGAAAAAAGUGAAAUUGAAUCAACAAGAUGAACAUUCAGGGUAAUUUAAUGUCCAAUAGAUACUAAAUUCAUGA